AAUGCACUCUUGGAUCUCUACUGACUUUGCUUACUCUCACAAGCAAGCUUCCAACCAUCAUAAGAAAUUAGAGGUAUCUUUAUUUCAUGCCUUUGGGCACAUGAUUGAAUUAGAGGUAUCUUUGUUUCAUGCCUUUCAAUGCAUGAUUGAAUUAGAAGAAUCUUUGUUUCAUGCCUUUGCAAUUUGAGUUCUUUGCCUUAUUAGGUUGUCUUUAAUUUUAUUUUAUUAUUUUUAAUUUUAUGCAUGACUUAGUUUUUGAGAACCGCAUGCCAAUUGAAUUGGAUCGUAGCUAAACCUUGGCUCAAGUAAUGUUAGGGUGAAGCAUAGGCUAGGCUUCUUGUAGUGAAUAUCUUGUAGCUAUAUAACUUAUAUUUGCAUUGGUGAGAAACAAUUCGUGGACUUGCAGAUCUUGGGCAUGUCAACCGUUUAUUGAUUACAAUAUUUGAUAGUUUGAAUCGGAAAUGCCAGAAGGAACUCGAGACAAUUGGGAGGCAAUAUCCAUUUAAAUCUUUGAAGCUCAAUUUUCUUUGCCAUUAUGAGUUUCGAAAUGUUGAAUUUGGUCUAUAUGCUCACUGUCUCCAUUGAUCAUUUUCUGUUUGCCUUUGUUAUAACUUGUAUAUGUCUGUUAAUUGAAUCGUAUUGGCAUCUGAUUUUUACACACCUCACUCUUGAAUCUGAACAUUUGGACAUCUUUUAUUUUCCCCAUAUGGAUGUAUGGCGUGGAAGGAUAAAACACAUGCAUCGAUGUGGGCCCACAGAUGUGGGAUCUUUACUCUGACAAAAUGUCCUUUGGUUUCUCCAGUCUUGCUUUCCAAUGUUGGUGUAAUUUCAGAUUGGAUGUCUUUGCUCUUACCUUUGGCUAUGGAAAGAGGAGUUUGCGUAAUUACCAAUAUAAGUGCAAGUUUUUUUCAUCCUACCAGGAAGUGUCUUAAGCUUGAUCAUGUCCAAGCCCCAUGGAUUUCAUUUUUUUCUACAGUUUAUCUUGUUAUGAUAUGGAAGACAACCGUAAGAGCUUACGACGUAGCUACUCUCAAGUAUUGGGGACUAGCAACUCAUAUCAACUUCCUGUUAUUGGCUGGUAUGCAUUCACUGAAUGCCGUCUUUCUCCUUGGAGAUACUGCUUUGAAUAGCUUGAGGUUCCCAUGGUUCUGGAUCUCCUAACUUUGUUUUGUAGACAUCUAUAUAUGUCGUUUUCAAAUGGGUCAUCCAUGCUUGUGUCUCACUUUGGUGGCCAUACCCUUUUCUUGACUUGUCAUUCCCUUAUGCUCCACUAUGGAAUUUUGAUUUUGCCAAAUAAUGCCUCCAUGAAUUGAAAUACUCGGAAGGUACUUUUCCACAGGAAGAAAUACCAAAAUGCCUUUAUUUAUUUAUUUUUUCUUUGAAAAAACAAUAAAUAUGAGAAUUGUAGGGUCCACGUGGUAUAUGUAGACAUCCAACUCCUCCAAUAUGGGGCACCUGAACAUGAUUAUUGCCAAACCAGAUUAUUUUUUUCAUUUGUUGUAUAUGCACUUGUUUCUUUUACUAUCGAAUCUGAAAUUUUUAUAUGAAUUGAUCCAUCAGGGCAUGUACUAGCAUUGGUAAGAGACGCCAUUAUUAUUUUUCAUUUUUUAUAUAAAGAAAAAGGCUAC